UCAUAUUUUGAACUUUCUGAACUUAACUUCUGAUGAUGAUGAUAUAGACCAUAUAGACCUUUUAUCACAUUUAAACCCAUGUUCUGAUAAUAAUUAUCAAUAUAACCUUACUGUGGAAGACCGUUUUGAUGAUUGGAUAUCAGUUGAUACAUUUAUGCAUCAAUAUUGUUUAGAACGUUGUUUUGGAUAUCAGAUUUUUCGUAAUGAUAAAGAACAUGAUCCUACUAUUAUUCGGCGUAAAUCAUUUCGUUGUUCAUCAAAUGGCAAUUAUAAAUCUCGAAAGAUAGAAAUUACAUCGCCUACGUGA